AUAAAAUUAAAAAAAAAAACUUUCUGAUUUCUUAACAAAUAAAAUAAAUUAAUUAUUGUUCAGUGUAGUCUGACUGUGACAAGACAAUUACAAAAAAAACUUAAUACAAAGGCAAUGAAAAUUACAAUUUAUCCAAUAAAAUAUGGAUAAAUACACUGUAGACUUGGAUCAGGUUCUUAACGACUUUGAGUACUCGGAGCUUACCGACCAACACUCCAGAAAUGUUCCAGAAAGAUUGGAAAGGCCUCGGGACAAUUUCCCUUUCCAACCGGCCCCUGCAACCAAACACAGCAUGAAUAACGUUUUCCACAGCUUGAAUGAAUAUUUGAAUAGUGGAACUGGCAGUACUACUCUUUCAGGAAAUAACGACACAGCUACUCUGGGAUUAAAUGACAAUAACUUACAUUUUAACAAGCCUGAGGAAGUGAAUGAUAUUGAGCUUCAAAGUAAGCGUAUCCUCGAAAGUCUUCAUAAAUUAACUGAAGAAAUCCCUACUCUGAAGCCAAAAUAUGGUCUUCAACCUAUAGAAACUGCUUCAAAUGAUCAGGUGAUAAUAAACUUUGAUGAUCCAAAAACUAAUGUCGAUUCAAACAAGACUGAAAUACCAGAUUUUUCUUUACUAGCAACUGAAAACGUAAUUUCAGAAACUAUUCCUGAACAGUGUACAGAAAUUUUAUCAGAAAGUGAAUCAUGUGAUGGAAAUAAUGAUGAUCCUGAAUGUGAUAGAAAUGGUAUUGAUAAGGCUGAUAGUUUGUUAGUUGAUGAUAAUGUAGAAAGUAAUGAUUUAAAUGAAAAUGAAGACAAUGUUUUAAUUAAUAUUAAUGAAGAUAUUGUUAAAAGUGUGGAAGAUUUCGUAAUAGAAGCUCAGAUAGAACCAAUAAUUGAGCCUGAUGUAUGUGGCCUACAAUCAAAUUUUGAAAAUAGCAUAAGUGAUUCUGGAAUCAAUGAUGAUUGUGUAGGAGGCCCUUUAGAAGAAUUAAAUGCACCCUAUUUGGAAAAAGAUGAAGAAGUUGUUGAAGAUCAGAAUUUAAUCCCGACAGAGAGAGAACAGGUAAUGGAAAAAGAAAUUUUGGAAGCUAAUAAAGUCUCUGAAGUAUUGGAUGAAAAGGAGCAACUUGCACAUAAUGAAACUCUUGAAAAUAAUGAAGAGAUAAAAGAUGAUCUUACUGUAAAUUCUCUAUUACCAUCAAACAUUAUAGAUAAACCUGAAAUUCAAAAUGAUGUUCCACAAAUCAUAAGUUUUUCUGCUGAUAUAGAUAUUGAUGAAAGUGACCUGAAUAAAAUGUUAGAAGAUCUCGAGUUAGAAGCACAAGGGGAAUUGGAAGGUGUGAAUAAAAGCACAUCAAUGAUUCAAGAACCAGGUAUGGAGGUACCCAAAGAAGAAAUGCAAAAUGAUGUACCAAAUCCUAAUUUACAAAAUCAAGCUGCUAAAAGUGAAGUUCUAGAAGAAAAUCCAUUGGAAUGCCUGGAAAUGGAAAAACCAGUAAAACCCAGGAAAAAAUAUUCAGCAAAAGUUUUAAACAGCAAUAAAUCUACAACUACUACAGUACCAGAAAAUCUUGAACAACAAUCUGAAUGUGUCAAGAUAAAUGUUGAAAAAACUGGGGAACUUGAAGAAGCUUCAGCUGUUGAGAAAACUGUGAAACUUGAAGUGCAUUCUGACAAUGGACUUCAGGAAUCUUCAACUAGGCCUCAAGAUCUUCCUCUAAAUAAUGAAGUGAAGGAGGACAACGUUGGCAGGAAAAUCAACUUAAUUGGCAGCCCAGGUUCAACACCAUACAACAACGUUUACAUGAACAAAUCCGUUGAACCCAAAACCCAACACCACAACCACGACAUUGAGUCUGACUGUACAAGUUCAGCCAGUCCUACAUUCUCAGAUUGUAGUACAGAAAGCACUAGUACUGCCAGUACUGUUUCAGUGGAGGAUAGCGCCGAAAAAGUCACCAAGAAAAAUCCUAGUGACGUUAAAAAUAUCAAUAAUGAAUUGUCCAAUAAAGAAGUAGCGGAGAAUGUUCUAGAAGAAAAUGUGGAAAACACUGCACAUCCUAAAACUGAUGCUCCUGUUCUAAAUGAAAAUUAUUCAGCAAUUGGUGAUGGUGAUUCACAAGAGCAGAAUUCCACAUCUAAUGAUGCAGUUUUCGAUAUGUUGGGGAAGGAAGCACCUCUUUGGAUCCCUGACGCCGAUGCUGCUGCUUGUCUACAUUGUGAUAUGAAAUUUACUGUUUUAAAACGCCGACAUCAUUGUCGAGCUUGUGGAUUGGUUCUUUGUUCGAAAUGUUGUCACCUAAAAUUCAGACUGGAAUAUUUGGACUCGGAGGCUCGGGUGUGCAAUAAGUGUCAUGACAUACUAAAUAAGGAUACUCCAAACAAUGCCGGUUCCAACUACAAUUCUCCAGAAUCUGGAAAUUCACCAGCAUUUCGGCCAAACCCCAACAAUCCUCUAGAAUACUGUUCAACAGUUUCUCCUUUACAACAAGCAGGCCUAACUGGAGCUCCUCCUCCUUCAGUUAUGGUACCAGUAGGAGUCCUAAAAAGAAAAGGUUCCAAUAAAAAAUCUAACAAAUCUGUGAUGUUCUGUGACGGCAUAGCGCCAGGUAGUGAUUUAACAAACCUAGACCAGGAUUUCAAUUAUAAUUCCGACUCAAAAAAAUCCCUCCUCAUUAAAGGCCCCGAUGAAGUCAAGAAAAUAGACGAAACGACUACGCCGCCGCCCUCCGCUGAAGCGGUUCCUUCCGCUAAGAUCAGUAGGAAUCAGCCGAAAGUUGACGAAUUUACCGGGUGCUUCAUACCAAAGAACGAGAUGAGUUUGCCACCGACUGUUGUUAUUAAUAAAACAGAAAUUUUGUAUUCAGAUCACAAUAAUGGUCCUAGUGUGGUGAAAAUGCUAAAAGAUGAACCUCUAACUUUUGCAAUCAAUCCAAAUCUGUUUGUGCAGGUCAAGGUGAUAAAUAUGAGUUGUUGCAUAAACAAGCAAGCAUGGUGUUUUUGUACAGACGGUCUAAUAAACGUAGGAUCAGAUGAAAUUGUCUAUCUCAUUGAAUAUAUUGAAGACGAAAGUUUUGUUCCAAGCGAUGUAUUCUUCCAUUUGAAUAAUGUUUAUAACGAUGCUGUCAAAGGCGCUUCAAUUAAAGAACUAGGUCUAUCCCUUCACAACACCUCCAACUUUUUAGAUUCAAAAAACCAUGCUGGAUUUGUAUACAUAAAAGCAACAUUUCAGUGUUUAGAAAAUUUGAUACUACCCAAGGAACCUUAUUUAAUAGGCAUUUUAAUACAUCGAUGGGAAACGCCAUGGGCUAAACUAUUUCCUCUAAGAUUAAUAUUAAGGUUAGGAGCGCAGUAUAGGUAUUAUCCAAGCCCGUUAAUUUCAUCCAGGCAUCGAGAUAGUGUUUUUGUUGAAAUUGGCCAUACUAUUAUCAAUCUCUUGGCAGAUUUCAGAAAUUUCACGUACUCCCUGCCCCAAAUUCGCGGUUUAAUUAUCCAUAUGGAAGAUAAAAAUACGACUAUUAUUAUACCAAGGAAUCGAUAUGAUCAAGUAAUGAAAACGAUAAAUGAUUCUAGCGAACACAUACUGGCAUUUGCAGGCAAUUUUAGUUCAGAAGCUGACUCACAUUUAGUGUGCAUCCAAGACACCCAAGGCCACGAAAAUAUCUAUACUACUCAUGCAAUUAAUAUUCACAGUAAACCUAGAAAAGUUACUGGUGCCAGUUUUAUAGUUUUCAACGGAUCCUUAAAAUCCACCAGUGGCCUGAGUGCCAAGUCCAGCAUCAUAGAAGACGGUCUGAUGAUCCAAGUACCACCAGAUCACAUGGACAAAAUAAGGGAUACUUUGCGCAAGAUGAAAGAUCACACCAUACCUUGCGGGUGCCUCAAUGCCGAUUCGGAUGAAAGCGUCAACAUUAUUUGGGGAGAGAACGAUACUGAUUUUAACGUAGGAGUGACUUCACCAGUAGAUCUCCAAGCCUUGAAAGGCAUUCCAUCUAUAAGGGUUCAUAAUGGAAAAGAUUAUCCAUGUACCAACGGGACUCGCCUAAUUAGGUGGACAGAAGUAUUUAUUUGGCAGAAUGGAGAAGAAAAUCCCAAAAAUCAAGAUCCAGUGGAUAUUUCUAAGGUUUCAGAGAGUAUAGCGAAAGCAUGUUGCACGGCCUUAGUCAAGUAUUUGGACCUUUUGGUGUCGAACAGUUUUCAGAAGAUUGGUGUCAGGACAACAUUGCAUGUUGAUAAUGUUUCAUAUUCUGCGGGUAGCAACGGUCUGAAAUUACCGCCAAUCUACAUGCGCAGUUUAGACAACGAACUAAUUCCCGUGUUACAUCGCAUAUCUUCAAAUAAUCUUGGUGAUAACGCCAUUGUUCUUGAACUGGUCUUUCGCAUAUUGAAUGCGUAGUAUUUUCAAAAAAACAAUGAUUAUGAAUUUCCACGUUAAUAAUAAUUGUAGAAGUGAUUUUCAGUUGUAAAAACUGCAUCUGGUGCAUAAUGGUAGUGUGUAAUUUGUAAUUAAAAAUGUAUGUUUCUGUGUGUUGUUACUAUACUGGGUGUCUCAUUCAAAGUUAAUUAUUUCAGGACACACUGAAAAAGGUUGAAAAAUUUGUCAUAUCUACACACUACCAAGUACCAGUUCAAAUACAAUUUUUUUUAUCCUAAAAAGUACAACUAGAAGCCACUUCUCGUUAUCACUUUGUAUAGUGUAAUUUUAAAUAGUAAUGUUCAAACAGGAGCUUAAUGAAAAGAGUGAUUUGAGGGGAAAUUUUUCUCACAUUUGUUUUUCAAUUCCUUUUAUUUUGAAAUGUAAUAAUUUUGAAAUUCGUUUUCCAACAACAUUUUUUGUUUCUUUAAGUUAAUUAUUUUUGUUAAAAAGAGUAAAAUUUUACAUUUAUUAUUUGCACAUAUGAAAUAAAAAACUGUUCAAUAUUUAUAUUUUAACCAAAAUAUUUUUAUUUUAUCUUGAACACUCCUUUUUAAUAAUCAAGACUAUUUUAUUUUAAAAGUGCUUUUUGUUUAUAUUUUAUUUGCAUUAGUGGAAUCUCUAAUCUCCCAUCGAUAGGAAAGAGAGUAUUAUUAGAGAUCAAAUUUCUUAUAUUUAUAUACUUAUGUAUUAUAUUCCGUACUAAAUCAACCACUGUAAUUUUAAUAUGUAUUGUCAUUGUUUAUGGCGCUUUGUGUAGAUUAUUUUUGUUUUAAUAAAGCUAUUUUCAAAGUUUGUCUCAAGAUUAUAU